GGGAUUGGGGCAAAUAUUUUAAAUCAAACCCUUUUAUUUAUUUAUUUAAUAAUUAAAUAAUUUUUUAUUUAUUUUUUAAAUCACUUUUCAGGUAGCUAUUAAAAAUUAAAGAAAGGAAGGGGAAGAAGAAGAGAAAUGAAAACAGAAAGGGUGAAGAAAAUUUUUUAUCAGUCGAAGCCGUUGUCAACUUUCCGUUCCUUCCACUCUGCCUCUGCAACUCUCUCUCUCUGCUUCUCAGAAUCCAGUCUCUCUCUUAAACUCACUAUCUUAGAGUUUUACUCUCUUUCUGCGGAAUGAUUCAUCAAUCUCUUGCCAUUGUUUUUUUAAAUUACAAUGUCUCUUUAAUUUUCUCUCUGCAUUUCAUUUGAUUCUUCUCUUACUAGGGUUCUUUUUAUUCCCCUCAGUUUCUUACUCUUUUCCCUCUCUAUUUACUUUGAUCCACCGCUAUCUCACUGCCCUUUGGUGACCCAAAUUCCCAAAUCUUCUCAAUCUUCAGUAUAUCAAAAUCAAAAUCUUGCAAGUUCUUUCUUUUUUUUUUUUUAAUUUUUUAUUUCUUGAUUGUUGUAAGUAGGUUUUGGUUUAAAAGGAAAUGAGGGAUGUGCUCGUUGCUGGCAAGGAUAGCAAUGGCGUGCUGGAGGCCGGUCGGUCGAUAUGCCUGUAUGAGCAAGGAUGAUAGUGUCAAUAAUGAUGAUGAUUCUUCCCUCGGUGAUUCGCUUCUCUGGUCCAAAGACCUAGAGAAACACUCUUAUGGGGAAUUUUCUUUCGCUGUCGUCCAAGCCAAUGAGAUCAUUGAAGACCAUAGCCAAGUGGAAACUGGCCGCGAUGCCACCUUUGUUGGAGUCUAUGAUGGGCAUGGUGGGCCCGAUGCCUCUCGGUUCAUUUGUGAACAUCUGUUCGAAAAUCUCAUGAAGCUUUCUAGAGAAAGAGGAACCAUCUCUGAAGAAAUCCUUAGAAGCGCCUUCUCUGCAACUGAAGAUGGAUUUCUUACUCUUGUACGUAGGACUUGUGGAAUAAAACCAUUGAUUGCAGCAAUUGGAUCUUGUUGUUUAGUUGGAGUUAUAUGGAGAAGGACAUUAUACGUUGCUAAUCUAGGUGAUUCUCGAGCUGUAAUCGGUUGUUUAGGUAGAUCAAAUGAGAUAGUUGCUGAGCAGUUGACUAAGGAUCAUAAUGCUUGUUUGGAAGAGGUUAGACAAGAGCUCAAAUCUUUGCAUCCAGAUGAUUCACGUAUUGUAGUUAUGAAGCAUGGUGCUUGGCGCAUCAAGGGCAUCAUUCAGGUAUCUAGAUCUAUAGGUGAUGCAUACUUGAAGAGGCCAGAGUUUUCACUUGAUCCUUCAUUUCCAAGAUUUCACCUUCCUGACCCCAUUCGCCGCCCUGUGCUGACGUCAGACCCAUCCAUGUAUUCAAGAGUUUUACAAGCCAACGAUAAAUUUCUCAUAUUUGCAUCUGAUGGGCUUUGGGAACACAUGACAAACCAGGAGGCUGUGGAGAUUGUGUAUAAUUAUCCACGUACUGGAAUUGCAAAAAGGCUUGCUAAAACAGCUUUAAAAGAGGCGGCUGGGAAGGGGGAGAUGAUAUAUGAUGAACUUAAGAAAAUAGACAAGGGAAGCAGACGGGCUUUUCACGAUGAUAUAACAGUGAUUGUCAUCUUUAUAGACCAUGAAUUGCUGAGUGAAAAUAUAUCUGUACCAGAGGUAUCAAUUCGGGGUUUUAUUGACACUGUUGGAGCAUCAAAAUUUAACAUUCUCCAUGGAAUAUGAUGGAUGCCAACACAUCUCAGCGUUGCUCCCUUUCCCCUCCUCUUUUUCUACCAUUUUUUUGUUUCAAAAUCUAUUCUUGUUCAUGGGGCCUGAUUUGUUUUUAACUUCGAUAUGCGCUUACAAGGAAGCUACUGAUUUUUUUUCUGGGUUUAACAUGCUGGACUUUGUAUACACUCAAGUUUGUAAAAGUCACACAAUGAUUGAAUAAUUUUGUGCUUGUCUU